AUGGCUCUUGUGAAUGCCAUGCUGCUGUCUACCAUGUAUUGGAUGCGGCAGGACAUGAGCCGUGCCUUCUUCCCACUGACUGUCAACCAACAUGUGCCGCCUGAGCAGCAUAGUGCGACCCGGCAAAUGUCGACCGCAGCGCAAGGAGGCUCACCGACGAUUAGUGUGGCUGCUGAUCAAGGCACCCCAAGGGCAGGCUACGGAGAAGGGCGAUUGGCUGCCAAUAGGGUCAACGUUGAACAAAGUGGGCUGUCGAGCCGCUUAGCAAGGCUAAUGCUCGCUCCCUGGGAUAAAGUGCCGCCGCGUCUGCAAGCGGCUUUGGUGUUUGACGUCGCCUUAGGGCGGGGGUCUAGAACACGCAUGGUAGCCGGCCAUAGGAGGCAGCCCGGCAGACGGAGGGAUUCCGGAUGGUGGAAGUGGAGUGGAGUGGGAUAUUUUGGGGGGCGCGAUACGAGGGCGAAAAAGGGAGAGGUAGGGCAGGCAGGCAGGCGAGGCGCGGUGUACAUGCGCUUGGAUGUUGUCUUCGACGAUGAGACGCCACGUUUGAGACCCACUCGACUCGUGGACCGCGCCCUGUGCAAAUGGCUGCAGACCAUCUCGUGUCCAAGCGACGCACGGCACGGCGUCGCGAGCUGGCUGACGAGAUGGGCAAUGGGUAACGCCCGCUUUGCGGAUUGUGUGUUAAGAGCACGUAGGAAGCUAGGAAGCAAGCAAGCACACACACACCAGCAACUGAAGGAUGGAAGGAGUGCUGCAAGCCCGGUGACCACUCGGUGCUUACUUUUCCGCGUACAAUGUCAGGUUGUGAUGCACAGUGUGGUACAGUUGGCUACGCCGCAAAGUGGGAGCGAGGAUCCAAAUGACCGAGGCAGCAAAGCAACCCGGAUGGAUGUAUUGGAUGGAUGGAUGGAUGGACAGACGACAACGACAACGACAACAACAGCAGCAGCGAGACAGGCAUCAUGUGCGGAGCCGGGCGCGGCUGCAGCCAAGCGGCGGUUGAUAAGGCGGGACGAAACCAGGGUUCCUUCUCGGCGCUUCGGCUGCAUCUCAUCAGCGCCCGCUCCGGGGAUUUGUGCGUGUCGAACGGCGAUGCCGGUUUGGGCGUGGCGGCCGUGGGGUUGUGGCCAGGGGAGGCGGCUACCAGUGCCAGUCAUGCCAUGCCAUGGCAUGGCAUGCGGCGAGGGCGAGGGCGAGGCGAGGGUGAUGCGGGCUAGCACCGGCGUCGGCGUCGACGUCGUGGUUGACGAGUCUAUAGCCAUAGCCAUAGCCAUAGCCAUGGCCGUGUUUCGAUGGGCAAAGGCCGGGCAGGGCCAGGGCGGCGGGUGCACUGGUUUCAAGGCGUGCGUGUGUGGAGCAUGGCGCUGGCCAAACGUUAAAGUGGUAUUUUUUUCCUCGCGCUCUUGUUUGUCUUUCUCGGCAUGCCUAAGCCCGGGCUGCACCAAUCUCCGCGAGCGUCUGCGCCGUUGGCUGUGUGACGCAGGCGGGUGCAUGGGUGCAUGGGGCGAGGGACAGUCUGAUGCUGCAUCCGUUGCACGUCGCGCCGCUUGCAGGGACGGGCUGGCUGCAUGUCGAUUUCUGGAAGACGGUCGGCUAGCCGCUGGGCCAAUGGCGUCGUCGGAACACCGCCCGCCCCAGAUGGCGCUUGGAUACCCAAGGGCCAGCAGAGUGGUUUGCCGGGUGCGAGGGGGGGAAUGGCAUGUGGAUGCCUGUACAUACUCGGUAGUACGGCGACAUGCCAUGCCUCGACGGGCACAUCGUGACUUAGAGGCCGAUGCUAUCGGCUGGCUCACCGUGGCCGCCGGCCUGCGCUUGGAGGCCCACGCCCACGCACUCACCACACACCACCACCACCCCCCCUCUUACCCCCUCCCACAACACCAGUACCGCCGGGCUUUGCCCCGUAAAUUGACUAUUCUGUACGCCUCCAACUCCGACUGCUGCUCGCCUGGCUGCCUCGCUGCCUCGCCGCUCGCCUGCCCUCAGCGCGGCUAA